AGUUUUGCGACUAGUAUUGCAAAAAUACACAAAGAUCUGCAGAUUAUUCCAAUCUCAUCGCAUCUCCAACACGUUGGCUGUGAAAUUUGGUAGAUUGCCAUUGUGAUCAUGUCAUUUCUAUUGUGUUUUUAAUGCGAGUUUUGUUUUGCGACCUGAGAAUGAGCUACGCGCAGUGAUCGAUUAAACUCAAUUGAUAAAGUCAAAAUAAUAAUUAUAACAUGAGCGCACAGCAAAAAUAGAAACACAAACAAAAACAAUGGCAAAACAAGAUCAAGCUAAAGUGAAUGUGGAAGCCAGCACAAAAAUAACAGAAAACGAAAAACAAAAAAAAGCACUUAAAAAUGUUCGCGAAUGGAAGGAAUAUUUGCAUAAAUCACGUGACGUGUUGGCAGGCCAAGAAAAAGAAUUAAUUUUGAAAAAUAAAACGACAGCAACUAUCUGAACAACUUUGCGCAAAAGAUGGAGAUGGAGAUGGCUGGUGUCUAGCACUGGCCAGUUUAGAAAUUUAUGUAAAUGCAUUUGCCUCUGCUCUGGGCCCCUGAACUUGAAACGAGUUGGCAUCCGGAGCCAAUGUUUCAGUCAUCUAACGGCGGUUGAGGCAACGAGUCUGCGAGGCUGGCAACGACGCGUCUAUCCGAGUGCUGAGUGUCGAGUCUCGAGUGAAGAGCACCGAUAGCACCGAAAGUGUUCCUGACAUUUGUGAAUCAUAACAAACGGCAGCGCGUGAGUCAUGUAUAGAACGUGCUUUUGUCUCCUAUCAGUGCUGAGCGUAGUCUGUGCCGGCAAUCUCGGCUACUUGCCACGCCACACGCAGACACGGCCACAGUCACAGCCGCAGAAGCAACAGCAAUCACAGUCGCAGUUGCAGUCGCAGUUGCAGUCGACACAGAGUCAGGCAUAUUAUUAUAAUGUGCCCAGUGCAAGCACGAUGGCAGCAUUGCGUCGCAUCGUUUUGGGACACCUGCAGCGCUUUCAGGAGGCGGACAAACAGCGUUCACAACUGAUGCAACCGAGCAGAGCGGAAGUGCAACGUCAAACUUAUCGGCAGCCUGUCGCUGCUGCAUCACAGAGCAGCUUGGAUUAUGCCGUGCCGCCCAAUUCACCCACGCCAAAGAAUUAUGCAAUGAAUUUCUUGCCCGAGGGCAGGGAUGUGGUACCCGGAACCUCAUACAUCCCGCUACGGUUGCUGUUGAUACGCUGACUUCGAGGCGUCACCGGCAUCAACAUCGCCAUCGACAUUGGUAUCAGCAGCAGCGGCGUCGGCAUCCUCUGUUAUUCAAAUGAGGGGUUUUUUGACUUGCGGAAUGCCGUUCUCGGUGAGCAGCAGCAGCAGCAGCAUAAGCGGCUGAGGCAGCGGCAACCAGUAAAUGAGUUUAAUUUGUUAUAAUCCUACUGCUGGUUAUAUAAUUUAAUGAUAUUUUAAUUCUUCAUUAUACAAUAAAGUCGGUAUUCUAAUUUAAGUCUAAGCUAAUUUGUGCCACACGAAUACAAAAUUCACAAACAUACAAAAUACACGUAAAUACAAAGUAUAUAUAACUGUGAGUUACGGCCUUU